AUGGACCUUCUGGGUUUUGUGAGCCGUUCAAGCGCCCUGCAUGUCACGGAGCCGCGGUUUUACAAGGCAGCGACCACAGUAGAAAGCAACUCCGUUGUCAUCGAUGGGGCGGUCGACGUAGGCUUUGUGCAGGCGGUCCUUCUUGUCGAGCGGGCUGAUAAUGACGAAGCCAUUGUCGUCGAACCGGUCCUGGUGCAGGCAGCGUGCGUGACCGAGGACGACCAGCGCCCUAGACUGGACUGUGCCCCGCAGUUGACACCAUCGGUCCUCAACGGAGGCGUUUUUGUCAGCGGCGGCAGCGACUAG